AUGGGCGUGGAGAAAUUUGAAGAGAAAGAUGGAAAUAAGAUUGAAUUACCGGAAGGGUUUGAAGAGAGAGUGGAAGGAAGAGGAAUGGUGGUGAGAAAUUGGGUACCCCAAUUGGAAAUCUUGGGACAUCCGUCUACGGGUGGACUUUUGAGCGAUUGUGAGUGGAAUUCUUGUUUGAAGAGCAUCAGCAAGGGAGUUCCAAUAGCAGCUUGGCCAAACAAUGCAGACCAGCCCUAUAAUGCUGAUUUUGUAACGAGUUGUGUGAGGAGUUGGGCUCGUAAAGAAGAAUUGGUGACAGCAACUGCAGUCGAGAAAGCUGUCAAGACUUUGAUGGGAACGCCAGAAGGGGAAGAGAUGAGGCAAAGGGUGGUGGAGUUGCGCAAUAAGAUCAAUAACUCUGUUAGCCUGCAAGCGAGGAAAUGGAAUCUUUCAUUACCAGAUAAUUGCGUUGGAUUGAAGAAAACAAGAAAAAUGCCAAAUCUUGGGUAG